UCACAAGUAAGCGUGUCAAGUAUUGCUGUGAAAUCGAAAUCUCCGGUUUAAUUAUAAUUUUCGGAUCUAGCAAUAAUUUAGUAGGUAUUUUACUCUUGCUUGGUUCUGAAAUUUGUUUCAUAAAAACAUUCCGAGCAUGGAUGUGGGAGAACUUUUGUCGUUCAAGCCCGAACAAACGCCGAAACGAACUUCAGAUUUCGAUUCUGAUGAAGACUCACCGGAAAGACGUCCGGUUGCAACAGCCGCUCCUCCGCCGAAAGUAAAACGCGAAGAACAAACCUCGAACGUAAGAGCCAAAGCGCAGGUUCCACAAAAGGAACCGCAGAUUAGUGAACAAGAACGGUUGGACAUACUAAAAUUUGUCGAAUCAGAAGAGCCUGAAGGCGAGGUUCUUGAUGAAGCGGGAUUGAAAAAGAUAUUAUUGCUGUUUGAGAAACGUGUGCUUAAAAAUCAAGAAAUGAGAAUUAAAUUUCCGGAAAAUCCAGAAAAGUUCAUGGAGAGUGAAAUCGAAUUGAACGAUGUAAUACAAGAAUUACGCUCGGUGGCAACCGUUCCGGAUCUCUAUCCUCUUCUAGUGGACCUUAGUGGGGUGUCUAGCUUACUGGAACUACUUUCCCAUCAAAAUACCGAUAUUAGCGUGGCUGUAGUUGAUUUAAUUCAAGAACUAACUGAUGUAGAUAUUUUGCAUGAGAGUAUGGACGGUGCAGAAACACUAAUUGAAGCACUUCGUAAUCAGCAAGCUGCCGGGCUGUUAGUACAGAAUCUAGAGAGACUGGAUGAAACAGUUAAAGAAGAAGCUGACGGGGUUCAUAAUACACUGGCGAUUUUUGAAAAUUUGAUGGAAAUAAAGUCCGAAAUCGCUAAAGAAAUAGCCGAACAGGGUCUGUUCCUAUGGAUUUUUAAGCGAUUGCGAGCAAAAAUGCCGUUUGAUACAAACAAACUAUACUGUAGCGAAAUCUUAUCUAUUUUAUUGCAAGAUACCCAUGAAAAUAGAAAACUUCUAGGGAAUUUAGACGGUAUAGACGUUCUAUUGCAGCAACUUGCGGCUUACAAACGUCACGAUCCUUCGUCCACCGAAGAACAAGAGUUUAUGGAAAAUCUUUUCAACAGUCUUUGUUCAGCUCUGAUGGCCACCGAAAACCGAGAAAAGUUUCUCAAAGGCGAAGGAUUGCAAUUGAUGAAUUUGAUGUUGCGCGAGAAAAAACUAUCCAGAAAUGGAUCACUCAAAGUGCUUGAUCAUGCCAUGUCUGGGCCAGACGGGCGUGACAACUGCAACAAAUUUGUCGACAUCUUGGGCUUACGAACUAUAUUUCCUCUUUUUAUGAAAACUCCGAAGCGUAAUAAAAAACGAUUACUUAGUACAGACGAACACGAGGAGCACGUUGUGUCCAUUGUGGCCAGUAUGCUAAGAAAUUGUAAGGGCGCACAAAGGCAACGUAUGCUCACCAAAUUUACCGAAAACGAUUUUGAGAAGGUUGAAAGGUUGAUGGAGCUACAUUUCAAAUAUCUAGAAAAGGUUGAGCUUGUGGAUCAGGAAAUUGACCAACAAAUUACUGCCAGAGAGUUGGAGGAAGACGAAGAUGUGAUCUAUAUAAAACGACUGUCUGGGGGCUUAUUCACGCUUCAACUUAUCGAUUACAUUAUCCUGGAGAUUAGCUCUACCGACGUCGUUAAACAGCGCGUUUUGCAAAUAUUGAAUUUGCGCAAUGCCUCAAUGAAGACCAUCCGUCACGUUAUGCGAGAGUAUGCAGGCAAUCUAGGGGAUGCCGGUGAUUCCGACUGGCGCGAACAGGAACAGGCACACAUUAUUCAGCUAGUGGACAGGUUCUAGUUAGGUAGGCUAAAAUCUAAAAUAAAAAAUGUUAUCCACCUUAUAA